AUGAACUACCCGGCACCGAUCCCGGAGUCGAAGGAGGACAAAACCCACGGUCUUCUGGAGCAGCCUUCUGUCGCGUACAGCAACGUGACGGUGCGCCGCGCUUUCGUGGUUUGGAUGUACUGCGGCCAGAAGAACAGGUUCAAGGACGUCUGCAACUACUUCCACCAUUUGGAAGCGUUGGAAGAGAAGUUAUCCAGCGAGUACCGCGCGUCCAGCAGACACCACGAAUUCCAUCUCUUUUCAAACCCACCACCGAAAUCCUCUUAUCUAAUGCGAAACUUCCCAAACUUGUACAGUGACACCCAGAUCCCAAAAAAUGAGAACCAUUCCCACGAUGCCAAAAUUCUCAGACUGGGCGAGUUUGACAGGAUCGCCCAAAGGAGUGGCACGUCCAGAAGCGAGAUAGUGGAGGCCAGCAAGAUGAUUCGGAGCUAUUGCAAGACUCACAUGAAGACUUUGGAGAGAUUCUUAAAGGAGUUUAGAGAACACACGGAGAGGUGCGGCCUAGCGAACACAGUGGGUAAUGUUGGCUCUUACAUAAAGAGAAAGAUCAUCCAAGCCGACAUAGAAUUAGAAGCAAAUUAUGCAACGACGCUGGAGAUUAUGAAGAGAAACGAUUAUAUCAACAAUUCCGCUGAUGAACUAAACAAAUUUGAAGUUCAGUGUAACGCUGAUAGGAAAUUGGUUGCUAGAAGCGGUCGUAAUGAUUCUAGGAGCAUCGCUAAAGUUCAAUUAGUAAACGAGUCGCAGCAGUGUUCAAACACGUUCCGAGAGGUCCGGGCGUGCGCAACCUGCGUUGCAUUCAGACAGACAUCAGAAGACAAGAUGGCCGUCACGGCAAGUGCAUACUCGACCCCCGUGAACACAGUGGACAGGGAGAAUUUGAUAACGUUAAUAAGGAACAACAUUCUCAACAAUUCUGUCGAGUUUAUCGCAGACACGGAUUUGGUCGACACAGACUCGCCGAUCCGCAAGCCGAAGAGCCUGCAGCCGGUCAUAAAGAAACUGUUCCACUCCCCGAUGUCCGACUACAGCCCCAAGGAGGCGCGGAAAAGGCUCGUGUCCAGGGACGAGGUGGACAGGGGCAAACGCGCCUUGAAACGGAGGCAAAUCCUAAUCCCGGACACCAGCGAAAAGAUCAAAAAGGCGUACGUGAAGGAGCGCGACGGGGACAGCUAUAGCCCGGAGCCGUGCGGGGGAAUGAGACAGCGAGUGCUCAUCAGCCUCUUUCAUAACAAGGAGUACUCAAUGGACUGCGGGGAU